AGAGACUUAACUGUACUUCUCCUUUCACUCUCAGAUGCUGCCAGCAUCCCUGAAGAGGGAAGACACGUGGAAACAGGGGAAGGGUCAGAACUCAGUGGGUGCGCAAGAAAAGCCAUGUGGAAGAAGUAAGCCACCAGACGGCUCAAAGACAAACUCUCCCCUGCUCAGGCUUCUACCCAGACACGACACCAUGCAUCUCCUCGGCCCCUGGCUCCUGCUCCUGGUUCCAGAACACUUGGCUUUCUCUGCCUCAAGCGACUGGAGACUUCAGCACCCUGAAGCCCUCUACGCCUGGGAGGGGGCCUGCGUCUGGGUCCCCUGCAUCUACAGAAUCCCAGAUUCCGGUGAUGCUCUGAAAAGAUUCACUCUGUUCCACAAUCCUGAGUAUAAUGACAAAACCAAGAGCUUCGAGGGGACCAGACUCUAUGAAAACAAAGAGGACGGAAGGUUUCCCUCUGAACAAAGGGUGCAAUUCCUGGGGCACAACAAGAACAACUGCACACUGAGAAUCAACCCAGUAUACGUCAAUGACAGUGGUCCGCUGGGGCUGAGGAUGGAAUCCCAGAAAAGUAAAUGGAUGGGAAGAACACACCUCAGUGUCUCUGAAAGGCCUUUUCCACCUCAUAUCCAGCUCCCUCCAGAAAUUCAAGAAUCCCAGGAAAUCACGCUGACCUGCUUGCUGAAUUUCUCCUGCCAUGGGUAUCAGAUCCGAUUGCAGUGGUUCCUGGAGGGGGAUUCAAUGGCACAGGCUGUUGUCACCCCGACCUCCGUGGUCCCUGAGUCUGUCUUCACCUGGAGCAAGGUCCCUGAGUCUCUCUUCACCCGGAGCGAGCUCAAGUUCAAGACGCAGUGGAGUCACCACGGGAAGAAUGUGACCUGCCAGCUCCAAGAUGUGGAAGGGAAGGUCCUCUCCGAAGACACAGUGCAGCUGAAUGUGAAGCACAGACCACAAUUGAAGAUCAAAGUCACUCCCAGUGAACUCACGGUGAGGGAGGGGGACUCUGUGACCAUGACCUGCGAGGUCAGCAGCAGCAACCCGGACUACAGGACUGUAUCCUGGCGCAAGGAUGGGGCCCUGUUGGAGGGACAGAACACACUCAGGCUACCGCUGCCGGCAGUGACCAAGCACCAGAAUGGGACGUACUGCUGUCAGGCCACCAAUGACGUGGGCACAGGAAUGUCAGACCCAGUGGUCCUACAAGUGCAGUAUGCCCCAGAACCUUCCAGUGUUCAGAUCUCCCCGUCACCGGCUGUGGAGGGAAAUGAAGUCAAGUUUCUUUGCACAUCACAGGCCAAUCCUCCUCCAACAAAUUACACGUGGUACCACAAUGGGAAAGAAGUACAAGGAAGGACAGAGGGGACAUUCUGCAUCACCAAGGCCCUCCCCUGGCACGCUGGGACUUAUUCCUGCGUGGCAGAAAACAUUCUUGGUGCUGGACAGAGGGGCCCGGGAGCUGAGCUGGACGUCCAGUAUCCUCCCAAGGAGGUGACCACAGUGAUUCAAAACCCCACGGCGAUUCGAGAAGGAGAUACGGUGACCCUUUCCUGUAACUACAAUUCCAGUAACCCCGGCGUUACCUGGUAUGAAUGGAAAACCGGUAGCACCCAUGAGUCGUCAUUGUCUGGGGUGCUGAAGAUCCAAAACAUUGCCUGGAACAACAACGUCGUCAGCUGCGCAGCUUGUAACCACUGGUGCUCGUGGGCUUCCCAGGUCACCCUGAAUGUCCAGUAUGCCCCCCGAGGCGUGUGGGUCCGGAGAGUCAAGCCCCCUUCCGAGAUUUACUCUGGGAACUCAGUCAGCCUCCAAUGUGGCUUCACAAGCAGCCACCCCAAAGAAGUUCAGUUCUUCUGGAAGAAAAAUGGCAAACUUCUGGGGGAAGAAAGUGAGCUGAACUUUGACUCCAUCUCCCCAGAAGAUGCCGGGAGUUACAGCUGCUGGGUGAAGAACUCCAUCGGACAGACAGCAUCCGAGCCCUGCACGCUCCAAGUGCUGUAUGCACCCCGGAGGCUGCGUGUGUCCAUGAGCCCAGGGAACCGAGUGAUGGAAGGGAGGAGGGCAGCCCUGACCUGUGAGAGCGAUGCCAACCCUCCCGUCUCCUACUACACCUGGUUUGACCGGAAUAACCGAACCUUCCACUACCCGGGCCAGACGCUGAGAUUGGAGCCAGUGGAGGUCGAGCACUCGGGUGCUUACUGGUGCCGGGGGACCAACAGUGUGGGCGAGGGCUACUCGCCCCUCAGCACCCUCACUGUCUACUAUAGCCCAGAGACCGUCGGCAGGCAAGUGGCCCUGUUUCUUGGGUCCUGCCUGGCCAUCCUCAUCCUGGGGAUCUGUGGGUUCAAGCUCCAGCAACGCUGGGAGAGGACACAGAGCCAGCAGGGGCUUCAGGAGAAUUCCAGUGGCCAGAGCUUCUUUGUGAGGAAUAAAAAGGUUAGAAGGGCCCCCCUCUCGGAAGGUCCCCACUCCCUGGGAUGCUACAAUCCGAUGAUGGAAGAUGUCAUUAGCUAUGCCACCCUGCAAUUUCCUGAGAUGGAUACACCACGAACUGGAGAUGCAGGGACCUCAGAGAUCCAGAGACCUGCCCCAGACCGCAAUGACUCGGUCAUUUAUUCAGUGUUGCAGAAGCGGCAAGCGGACGACUAUGAGAACGUGGUUCCAGAUUUUCCAGAGGAUGAGGGGAUUCAUUACUCGGAGCUGAUUCGGUUUGGGGUUGGGGAGCGGCCUCAGGCACCGGAAAACGUGGACUACGUGAUCCUCAAGCACUGACACUGGACAGGCUGCGGCAGAGGCACUAGGAGCAGCGGGGGUCAGGGAAGUCCCAGAGCUUCCCCAGACGCCACCACACGGCUUCCUCCUUCGUGCGCACACACACACACAUUCACACCCGCACAUACUCACACAUGCUCACUGCGGAGAACCCUGUGCCUGGCUCAGCCAGUCUUUCUGGUGAGGGUAACCCCAACCCUCUACUCUCCUUGCUACCCAGAAACCCAUCUAAACAACUGCCCCAAGAUGCACACCUUCCUGUGCCCAGCCCCCGCCCAUUGGCUGCCACCCGCCCCUCUGACCCCCCCCCCCCCCCCCCCCACCCCAGCUGCUUGUGUCCCUCUGGGAUAUGCCUGUCAUAUUUUUCCUUCCCUCUUCCAUCUCUUUGGCCUCCUACCCCUGAUCUGACAUCCCCACUCACGAAUCUUACGCCCAGUUUCUGCCUCUUGGGGGGAAAGCCCAGAAAAGGACAGAAUUAAGGUAGGAAGGGGCCCAGUCCUGGCCUGGCUUCUCCUCUGGAAGCGAGGCAUUGCAUGGGGAGCGUAUGCCACAGCGGCCCCUCGCCUCCGGGAACUCUGGGUUUGACGUGGACACACCGGUGUGGACAAACAUGCGUUGGAGACAGAGCUCACAAUAAAGAUGGCUCAGAUGCCACUUCAAAGAA